AUGUUGCGCCAAAUAAAACCCCGCAAUGCGCGCUCCAAACGCGCCCUCGACAAGAAAGCCCCCAAGGCCAUUGAGAACCCCAAGAAGGCCCUGUUACUGCGCGGCACGAGCUGCUCACAGAUCGUGCAGGAUGCCCUCACGGACUUGCACCAGCUGCGCAUCCCGCACUCCAAGAAAUUCACCAAGAAGAACGCCAUCCACCCUUUCGACUCGGCCGCCUCGCUCGAGUUUUUCGCCGAGAAGAACGACGCCUCGAUCCUGGUCUUCGGCAGCAGCAGCAAGAAGCGGCCACAUGCCAUCACGUUCGUGCGCAUGUUCGACCACAAGGUGCUGGACAUGCUCGAGCUGGGCCUGGACGCGCAGAGCUGGCGGAGCCUGGCAAGCUUCAAGAACAAGAAGUGCGCCGUUGGCUUGAAGCCCAUGCUGCUGUUCUCCGGCACCCCGUUCGAGGGGCCCGUCAGCAAUGAGUACACGCUCGUCAAGAGCUUCUUCACGGAUUUCUUCAAGGGCGAGCCGGCGGAUAAGAUUGAUGUCGAGGGCUUGCAGUACAUGGUGUCCAUCUCAGCGCGGGACACCGUCGAUGGGGAAGAUCAGAAGCCGAGAGUGCACUUGCGCAUCUACUUGAUCAAGACGAAGAGGAGCGGCCAGAAGCUGCCGAGGGUGGAGGUCGAGGAGAUGGGCCCGAGAAUGGACUUCAGCGUUGGGCGUGUGCAGGAGGCGGAUGAGAGUGUGAUGAAAGAGGCGUUGAGGAGGGCGCGCACGAGCCAGGAGAGGCCGAAGAAGAAUAUCUCCACGGAUAUUGUGGGUGAUAAGAUGGGUAGGAUACAUCUGGGCAAGCAGAAUUUGAAGGAGUUGCAGACGAGGAAGAUGAAGGGCUUGAAGAGGAGUCGGGACGUGGCCGAUUCAGAGGAUGAGGAGAUGGAGGAUGAUGUUAUUGAGGAGGAGCCGACCAAGAAGUCAAAGAGGGGCUAG